AUGGCUAUUUCUAAGCGUUACGAUACAGCUUUAGCAGAGACCGACAGUCGGGACGUAGCGUCCGCUCAACAGAUAGAGACACACAAAAAGGUGGUUGUUUCAGGUGGAGGGACAGGCGGUCAUAUCUAUCCGGCGAUCGGCAUCGCGCAGGCGUUGCAGCGCAUGGAUACCACGGUAGAUAUUGUGUUCAUCGGUGGUGCAGACAGAUUGGAAGCCACACUGGUUCCUCAGCACGGUUUUCGCUUUCUACCGAUCUCAGUCGCAGGUUUUCCACGCCAUUUAACUUUACAAUGGUUCCGAGUUAUCUGGAAGGUUUUGCGUGGGCUCACCCAAUCAUUGCGGUAUAUGAAGGAACUGAAACCAGAUGUUGUUAUAGGUACAGGUGGAUAUGUUUCAGGUCCGGUGCUUUUAGCGGCUCUCCUUCGCAAGAUCCCAAUAGCCAUCCAAGAACAGAAUGCUUCUGCUGGCUUAACGAACGGUAUCUUGGCACGAUGGGCAAAGGCUGUCUACCUCGCUAUGGAGUCAACUCGCGAGGGCAACGCGUUCCGACACGCUAUGCAUAUAGAGGUGACCGGAAAUCCGAUCCGUCCAGCAAUUGCGGCAUUUCCGAGACAUGAGGAAACUUAUCGGAAAUUCGGAUUGUCGCCAGAUCGGAAAACAAUCUUUGUGAUGGGCGGGAGUCAGGGUGCUCGUGCUAUUAAUGAAGCCGUUGUUGCUGCACUGCCACACUUAGUUGGAUUUGCCGAUCAGAUCCAGAUUGUCCAUCAAACUGGUGCAGUUGAGAUGGAGGCGGUCCGAACUGAAUAUGAAAGGGUCCUUGAAUCACAUAAGGAGUUCGUACACUGUGUGCGCCCCUUCUUCGACGCUGUUGAGGAAAUCUACAGCAUCACAGACAUUAUGGUGUGCAGAGCAGGUGGGAUGACUGUUGCCGAAGUUACUGCCUGUGGUAUUCCGGCAAUUUUCAUACCUUUACCCUCACAGACGGGAAAUGAUCAGGUGCUAAACGCGCACAGUGUCGCUGAAAAGGGUGCUGCUGUUGUGCUGGAACAAGGUAAAUUCAGAGUAGAAAUGCUUGUUGAAACCCUUACCAAUAUACUACUGAAUCAGAGCACACACGAACAGAUGGUGGCGGCCAGUCGGGCACUCGGCAAGCCACACGCCAGUGAUGACAUUGCCAAAUCUAUUCUUUCGCUCAGAUAUUCAGGAGUCAUAUACGACAGAGCACUUACGCGCGCGGGGGCUACUAUCUACUAUGGACAUGCCGCAUCCCAUAUAAAUGGUGCCGAUGUUAUCGUUAUCUCGCCUGCCAUUCCAGCUGACAAUCCGGAGCUCCUUGCUGCAGAGACGCAGAAAAUCCCAAUCGUCAGGGGUGCGGAGAUGCUGAAUGAGAUCACCCGAAUGCGCUAUAGCGUUGCUGUCAGCGGAACACACGGAAAAACAACCACAACCGCUAUGACUGCUACAGUCCUUAGUAGCCUUGAUCCAACAGUCGUUGUAGGUGGGAAACUCAUGAACGGUAGCCACGCUCGAAGCGGUGAAGGCGAUGUUAUGGUAAUUGAAGCAGACGAGGCGUACGGCUCUAUUGAGAUGUUUUAUCCUACCGUUGCCGUUGUCACAUCCGUUGAUGCGGACCACCUGGAUUAUUACAAUAGCGUUGAUGAAAUUGGGGAAACCUUUCUUAAAUUCAUUAAUAAGGUGCCGUUCUAUGGUGCAGCGGUCCUCUGCUUGGAUGCCGAGAAUAUCCAGAAGUUCAUUCCACGGGUUAAGAAGCGUUAUAUUACAUACGGCCUUGAGACAGGCGCGGAUUUGGUUGCUGAAGGUAUUACUGUAGAAGGUCCCACGUCGCGCUAUCGAGUUCGCAAAAAUGGACACCUGCACGGUGAAGUCCAUCUGAAGAUGCCGGGUCGCCAUAAUAUUUCCAACUCCUUAGCAGCAAUCGCAGUCGGACUCGAGCUUGAUAUUCCGUUUGAUCGCAUCCGGGAGAGUCUUGAGUCGUUUCAAGGUGUGCAUCGCCGUUUUGAAAUCCUUGGAGAAGUUAAUAAUAUCAUUGUUGUUGACGAUUAUGCCCAUAAUCCAGCGAAGUUGAAAGCAGCACUGAGCGGUGCGCGCGACGGUUACAAACGUCGUAUCGUCGCGGUUUUCCAACCACACCGAUACCAGCGUGUCAGAGAUUUGGCAGACGAAUUCUCUCGAUCUUUUUAUCAAGCGGAUGUACUUAUCGUCACCUCAAUUUAUAGUGCUGGCGAGGCACCUAUUGAGAACGUCACCGCUGAAAAACUUGCACAAUCAAUACAGGCACACGGACAUCGACACGUCCUCUAUGUCCCAGAUACAGAUGAAGUUACCGAUGUUCUGAUGAAGAUAACGCAACCUGAGGACAUUGUGAUUACGUUAGGAGCUGGUGACAUUAGUAAGGUAGGGCGCGAAUUCUUAAGUAGGCUUCAGGCAGUAAAUUAA